AUGCCGCGCAGUAUCAUUCUAUUCUUGCUUUUAUGUUACCAUUGCUUCUGCCUGACACAUACAGAAGAGACAAAACAAGAUGGAGAAAGUUCUAAAACAUUUAGUUUUCUUAAUAACCAAGGCGGGAACAACGAGAAUAUUUUAACUGAAGCUAUUGCAGUUCCUGGAGUUGAUGCAAGUUCUGUAAUUUUAAAUGAUGCAAAUGAUGAAUUAGCUGAAAUAUUAAAACCCAAUUCUCAAAUAAGACCACCAUCACAACAAAAGCAAGUGCAAAGUCAAUUAAGACAAAGUACAAAUCCUGUCGUUUUAAGUGGCUCAAACUACAUUAAUUGUAGAUGUGCCCCAGGAAUACCCGGACCGGAUGGCGAUCCCGGUACUCCGGGUACUCCCGGUGAUUCAGGGGACAAAGGCUCUCAAGGUAUACCAGGAUCGAUUGGAUCACCAGGUGCACCAGGUGAUGUUGGGCCACAAGGACCUAAAGGAGUCCGGGGACAACGAGGAGAUGUUGGUCCAACAGGUAAUUUUGGGUCUGCUGGCGUAGUAGGCCCAGUGGGUGACCCAGGUCCAAAAGGCGAAAAAGGGGCACCGGGAGUUACAGGACCUACUGGGGCUCCUGGUGUCCCUGGGGAACCUGGAGUGCAGGGUCCACCUGGCUCACCUGGUCUUCCUGGAAUCCCGUUCCCAGACACAGCAGAAAUGUUAUACUUUAACGUACAAUUGACGUCAGCAAUAAAGGCUAGACAAAUAGGUCACAACGUAGUGGGAGUUUGUAAUUGUCCGCCGGCACCACCUGGAAGACCUGGUCCAAAUGGAAAUCCCGGCUUACCCGGAAUACCAGGUUUGAAAGGUGAACCAGGUGUAGAUGGCCCAAGGGGAACACCAGGUGUCCAAGGUGCACCAGGAACUAAAGGAGAAUUAGGUAAUAUGGGACGACAAGGUGCACCAGGCCCUCAAGGUCAAAAAGGCGCAAUUGGGCCAACUGGUGUCACUGGUGCAGUAGGUCCUUUUGGUGAUUUCGGAGCAAAAGGUGAACAAGGAGCACCCGGUCCAAAUGGGCUUCAAGGUUUUCAGGGCCCCACUGGUGUACCUGGUGUUCCAGGUUCGCCAGGUGCUAAUUUACAAGAUAAUGGAAAAUAA